AUGAAGAAGAAACCCUUGGAGUUAGACUGGUCCUCCCGGGUGGUGAUGAUGGGGUCCAACGGGUCCGUGUCCGUGUCCGGGUCCGUACCCGGGUUUCCCAAAAGUUCUGACUCCGUGCUUGUCCUUGACGUGAGCAAUGAAUCCGUUGUGAUGAUCAGCACUGUAUUCCACUACUCUGGGACCUUCAACGAUGCCCUCAAAGCAGGAGCAACAAUAGAUGAAAUCAACUUCUGCACAAGAAGGGGGUGUGUCCAUCCGCUUAGGAAAUCAUCAUCAUCAACAACAGCAAUAGGAAGAACUGCUGGAAUUUGCAGCAGGAUGUCAAAGAGUAGAACCCAGCAUGAUAAUAACAGAGCAAGUUUCUUUGUGCGACAAUGGUCUGGUACAACUGCAGCAGCAGGCAGCACCAACAAUGCUGACCUGGAGCAAGAGAUUGAAAAAUCAUCCUCAUUGAUGGAUCUUGUGCCAUUGGACGUGUUGCCAUUUCAAAGGAAGAAUCUGAGGAAAUGGGUGGGAGAGGGUGACGAGGAAGGAACGGCUCUGCUGCCUCGGAAUCCACCAGAACCCCGAAUGGCAAUGCGUAUCUUGACCCGUCUCGCUGUGCGCGGAAGAAAUCCCACCAUAUCAAAGCUGCUGCUGCAGAACCACUUCAAAGCAGCAGCAGCAGCAAAGAGACAUGUGCAGCAGUAUUACUCCAGAGAGGAUGAUAAACAAGAAGAUUAA